AAGGAUGCUACUGAAGGUUCCGCUCUAAAAUCGUAUGCCUGUCAGUCUGACUCGCGUAACUAAUGGGAAGCAUUAUUAUCCACCGAUGUGUUAUCGAGCUGCGACUGUAAUGAGUUGGUAAUCGGAAACAACCAUUUUUUAAAUUUAUUUUUAUUUUCCUUUUAUAUGAAGGCUCGAAGCUACCAGUGAACUAUCUGAGGUGAAGCGUCCCCAGUCAAAUACAUGGAAGAGGAACGGCAACAAGAGGACAGGAAUCUCACCUGCCAGCAUUCAGACAAUGUCAAGGAGGAGAAAACACUGUCAAGUGAUGAUUCCAUGACAAAGGAUCCGGCAGAUGAUGUAAAGCAACAACUUCUAAAAGACACAGAUGUGCCAUCAAUACCUACAACAGAGGAGGUGCAAAAUAGCAACAUUGAAGACACAACACCAACAGUAGAAGAUGAUGAUGUAGCUGAAAAUCAGAAGAUGCCCCAGACGGAAGGAUCUCCCCCUUCAGAACAGGAAAAAACAACAACUGUAGAGGACAUUGGUCGAGCUGAUAAUGAAAGCCAUGGCGAUUACAACAAAGAAUUGCAUAACGAAAGGCUUGUUGUGGAGACGGACGCAAUUCCAGAUUUGUUAAAAACUUCAGCUCCAGAAGAAGAACAAACUCAGACGAACACAGAUUCAGCACAGACGCCGUUUCUACUAGCAACUUCAGCACUCGAGGAGACGGAUGACGGGAGAUGUCAUGUUAAAACCCUUCACCCCACUGAUGCAGAGGACUCUAAACAAGCAAUUCAAGACAAAACUGGUAUUUUUAGAGGCAUUGGAGGAUUAUUAGUGAUUGUGAUGGUACUCGUUGCCAUCUUGGUGCAGUAUUGCUACAUAGUGGAACCUCCACUUCAGAAAAACGAUUUGCAGCAGGUUGACAUCUUCCUCAAACAGCUGGAAGAAAUAAAGACUCGGUUUCCAGCCCAGCGCGCCGAGCUUUGGAGUAGGAGCAAAAUCCACCUAAAAAGGCACCUUCAGACCAUCCAGCCGACCGAGCCGGUCAGUCUGAUCCUGACCGCAGGCUUCAGAGCCGACAGGACGCUAUACUGCCUGGCUCAGAGUCUGGCCUCAGCUUUUUCUUCUGCCCUCAAUGCGUCGGUCCUCCAAAUCGACGGAGCCAGCAAAUCCAGCCAAGACAGCGACCAAGUCAAGCUGGACAUCGACAGCAAGCUGCAGGGCGCUUUUGAAGGAGAUAAACCCGCAGUGGUCAUCCACCGCUUUGAAGAGCUGCCUCCAGCCUCCACUCUCAUUUUCUAUCGCUAUUGCGACCAUGAAAAUGCAGCUUACAAGAAGACUUUGCUGAUCUUCACUGUACUGCUGGAUGAAGAGGAGGAAAUCCCGGCAGCGAUUCACCUGAGUGCCCUGGAGGAGAUGGUGGACGACCACCUCCAGAAAAAGUUUCUCUCUCACGACCAUCCUGUAUCGUUUGACAGGAUGGACCUUGAUAAGUACAGUGGACUGUGGAGCCGGAUUUCUCACCUCAUCUUGCCUGUGGCGGCAGAGGAAAGGAUAAAUACUAAAGGAUGUUAGAGGACACAAACAGCCAGCGUUCUCUGAGCUCAGAGCUCAAUCAGAAACUCCCACAUAUCUGUCCAAUCUCUCAAUGGGGAACUCUUCACUUUUAGCCUGUUAGGGAGUGGUUUUAAAUACUUAAAGGUUUAUCGCAUUUAUUAAAGAUCUGUACACAUGUUUUUAGAUUUUUUUUUUUUGGAGUGGGCUAUUUACAAAUAUAUAUAAACAAAACACUGAGUCUGAUAAGUGGAAACUCAAACAAAUCCUGGGAAAAGUUUUUUUGCACUUUAUAGUUUUUUAAUUACAGAUGAGUUGCACAAUGAAAAUGUAAAUUCACUUGUAAUUGUUGUAUAUGAUUCUUAUUUGUAUAUGAUUAUAUACAUCUGUAUAUGAUUAUUAUUUGGAAAAUUACAAGAUCACAGAGGCUCGUUUUGUGAAAAGCAAAAACAAAAAUUCUGUAAUUUCCAAACCUACAUGGCACAACAUGCCCUAACUGGAAAAUCAGGUUUUCUUGUUUGUUUGUUUUUUAGACACAGAGGAUGUGUAUGUCACACCAUAGUUAGUAAUACAAUGAAACAAGCAGCUGUUGUUAUUAUAUACAUUUUAUGUGCCUUAAAAUCGAAAUAAACAUUUCUAAAUUUUAAAUGCGUAUUACUGGAGUGACAAUUUUGCAAGCAGAGGGAAGCUAAACCUUGGCUGGAAAGACAGAGUUGCAUCAUAUGUACAACAGGAAGCAAGUGGAACUAAAAUACCACUUUUUGUUUCACAUCAUGUGUGAAUUGAUGAAGGUUCUGAGAGUGACUGUAAGUAUAGUCAGGAAAAUA